CCUGUCGUGCGCGCUCCCGCCUCUCGGACAUUCUGCCAGCUCUCACGUGCUUUCUGUCUAUAAAAGGGUCUCACUCUGCGCUCACCAUGUCUAGUGGGUCACCAGACAAACGCAGGAAGAUGGAGUCGGCGCUAACCCAGCUGAAGAAGUUCACCGUGGUGGUGGCAGACACGGGAGACUUCAACGCCAUUGACGAGUACAAGCCUCAAGAUGCAACCACUAACCCGUCUCUGAUCCUAGCUGCUGCUAAGAUGCCAGCCUACCAGAGUCUUCUGGAUCAGGCCAUUAAAUAUGGCAUCGCCAAAGGAGGGACUGAAGAGGAGCAGGUAGCCCACACAAUGGACAAGCUUUUUGUAAGCUUUGGACUCGAGAUCCUCCAGAAGGUUCCAGGCAGAGUCUCAACGGAGGUGGAUGCCAGAUUGUCCUUUGAUAAAAAUGAAAUGUUGGCGAAAGCCUUGAAGCUCAUUGCUCUCUACGAAGAGGCAGGCAUCAGCAAGGAGCGCGUUCUCAUCAAACUGUCUUCAACAUGGGAGGGAAUCCAGGCGGGCAAGGAGCUUGAGGCGAAGCAUGGCGUUCACUGCAACAUGACGCUGCUGUUCUCUUUUGCUCAAGCUGUGGCCUGUGCAGAAGCUAAAGUAACGCUAAUAUCGCCCUUUGUUGGGAGGAUCCUCGACUGGUACAAGGAGAACACCGACCGCAAAAGCUACGAGCCACAUGAAGACCCAGGUGUGAUCAGUGUGACAAAGAUUUUCAACUACUACAAGAAGUUUGGUUACAGCACUGUGGUGAUGGGCGCCUCCUUCAGAAACACGGGGGAGGUGAAGGCCCUGGCUGGUUGUGACCUGCUCACAAUCUCCCCUGGUCUGUUAGCAGAGCUCAGCCAGGAUCACAGCUCGAUCACUGAAACACUCAGUGUGGAGAAAGCCAAGACCUGUGAUCUGGAGAAGAUCCACCUGGACGAGAAGGAUUUCAGAUGGCAGCACAACGAGGACCGCAUGGCUGUGGAGAAAUUGUCCGACGGCAUCCGCAAGUUUGCUGCUGACGCCAUCAAGCUGGAAACCAUGAUUAAAGAGAAGAUGCUCAGUGUGAAAAAUGGCCAAUAAAUGACGGGUGAGGUGUGUCCAGCUUGAGUGCGAGGAGACGGCCAUCUUUGUCCUAAAUAUGAGAAGUUCUGAGAGGAACCGCUCCUCUGACCAAACUCCAGGGACCGACCUGCCGAAUAAAAGUCCAUCUUCAUCUGUUUGGCCGGGGCUGUUCUCUGAUCCAACAUAAAAGGUGAUAGAUGCUUCAGUGAGUGUAAUUUAUGAUGAAAAGGUUUUAAUAGCAACGUUAAAGAACAAAUUUCAGUCUUGGCUCAGUCACUAAGCUGUCGUUUGAAAGGACCGCAGAUGCUUUUUGGGUUUUUUUUGCAGAAGACCUCAAUUUUUCUACAAGCUCUUAAUAAAAGUCUUAACAAAGAUUGUAUUGUCAUUUCUCAAAAAAUAAAAUUACUUGUCUUUA